AUGGCCGUCAACGGGUCCCGGCUGCCAAGCAGCGGAGUAACGGAGGUGGCGGUUCAGCUGAAGAGCGGCGGGCCCGCGGUGACGCUCAGCGCCGUGGUAGUGCCGGACAAACCACUGGGCGUGGAUAUGCUGGUGGGGAUGACCGGCAUCGCGGCGCUGGGCGGGGUGACAGUGCGGGCGGCGGACGAUGUGGUGUUCGGUGCCAGCGAGAGGCCCGACGUGGCCGUGCCGGGCCCGGGAGGGGUGCCGCCGCGAUGCAGCGCCGUGACGCCCCCGGCGUUGACCGUGGAAGAGCGAGACUUCACGGUCACUUAUGACGCGAAAAGUCAACACUGGACGGUGGCGUGGAAGUGGCGGAACGGGGCGGAGCCAGGGUGCCUGAGGAACGGUGUCCCCCAGUACGGCGUGCCGGCCGAGGCACGGCAGGAGUUUGAUGCUGAACUCCGUACAUGGAUCGACAACGGCUGGCUGGAGCCGUACGACGAGACGGUGGACGGGCCGCCGCGCGGGCUGAUCCCUCUCAUGGCUGUUGAACAGCAGAACAAGACUAAAGUACGACCAGUCUUAGACUGCCGCGAGCUCAACAGCCAUGUGGAGGCACACACGGCCGACGCUGACGUAUGUGCCGACACGCUGAGGAAAUGGCGGCGGCACGGGGCCAACGUCGCCGUCGUCGACCUGAAGAGGGCGUACUUGCAGCUCAGGACCGAUCGUCGGCUGUGGCCGUUUCAGACAGUCGUGAUUGAUGGCCAAAGGUACGCUCUUACCCGUGUCGGAUUCGGGCUCAACGUCGCGCCUCUCAUCAUGAAGGCGGUGGUGCGGACGGUGCUGCAACAGGACCCAGUGAUGCAGGGCGCCGUCAUACCGUACGUCGACGAUCUGUGCGUCAAUGAGGACGUGGUGAGCGCGGAGCGCGUGAUCGCCCACUUCGCGAGCUAUGGGCUCCAGUGUAAGCCGCCGGAGCGGGCUGCGGACGGAGCGCGGCUGCUGGGACUGCGUGUGGAGCCAGUCGGGGGUGGGCUGGCCUGGAGGCGUGACAACCCAGUCGGCUCACCGCCCGCGGCAAUGACGCGGCGCUCCGUGUUUUCAUGGUGUGGUCGUAUCGUGGCGCACCUGCCGGUCUGCGGUUGGCUGAGACCAGCGACAGCGUGGCUGAAGCGUCGUGUCAACUCUCUCACACGCGGGUGGGAUGACGUCACACACGACGCGGCCCUGCGGGAACAGCUGAAGCACGUGGCUGAGCGACUGGCGAGCGAGGACCCGGCCCGUGGGCAGUGGUGCGUGACUGGGCACCGCGCCGUACUGUGGACGGACGCCAGCUCGAUAGCCGCCGGCGUCGUGCUGGAGAGCGAGGGAGGUGACGUCAUCGAGGACGCGUGCUGGCUCCGCCGGGACGAGGCCACCCACAUCAACAUGGCGGAGCUCGACGCCGCCGUGCGGGGCAUCAACCUGGCCCUGGCGUGGGACAUGAAGACCAUCGAGCUGAAGACGGACUCCGCCACUGUUCACCGGUGGGUCAGCGACGCUCUGAGCGGGCGCGCGAGACUGCGAACCAAGGCACAUGGAGAGAUGCUUAUCCGCCGGCGGGUCGACGUCAUCAGGCAGCUGGUCGCAGAGCUGGGCAUUUCUCUCACCGUGUCUCUAGUCCGCUCGUCUCAGAACCGUUCGGACACGCUGACCCGAGUGCCGUCCCUGUGGUUGCGUCAGGACUCGCAGCCAGCGGACCAGCGGCCGAGCGAUGGACAGCCAGUGGCAGCAGCGGCAGUGGUUGGAUCGGAAGUGGGAGACGGCGGCGGCGCCGUUACCGUGGACUUCCGACAGGCCGUCACUGACGUACAUGUCAGGGCGGGUCACCCGGGUGUCCGACGAACGCUGUAUUUCGCGCGUCGGGAUGUGUCAUCGUCGAUUUCCCGGAAAGUGGUCAGGGAAGUGGUGACGGCCUGUGACGUCUGCCGCGCGGUUGACCCGGCGCCGGUGACCUGGAGGCACGGGUCGCUGGCUGUGGAGGGGACGUGGGACCGGCUGGCCAUCGAUGUCACGCACUACGGUGGUCAGUCCUACUUGUCGGUGAUAGACUGUGGCCCGUCACGGUUUUGUGUGUGGAGGCUGCUGCGGCGGUCGGACGCGGCGACAGUCACGAGUGAACUCGAACAAGUGUUCGCGGAGCGAGGCGCACCGGCUGAGCUUCUGGCGGACAACGACACCGCUUUCCGCAGUCGUCAGUUCGCCGCUUUCGCUGCCCGCUGGGGAGUGCUGCUGCGUUUCCGCGCAGUGCAUCGCCCCAGCGGGAACUCCAUCGUGGAGCGGAACCACCGCAGUGUCAAAGUGAUCGCGGCGCGGAAGAAGUGUGGCAUCGGAGAGGCCGUGCACCUGUACAAUAUCACGCCCCGUGACGGCGGGACGGCGGCUGAGGCGCCCGCCAACGGCAUCUACCGCUACCCUGUGAGGGACGCCGUGAGACAAAGAGCUACCGCCGGAGCGUCCGAGGAGGCCGUGAUAGGACGGCCGCCAGCCCGGCGGGAGGGCGACUUCCAGGUGGGGGACGCCGUGUGGGUGAGGCGGCCGGGCACCCGCUGCACCGAGCGGUCGGUUCGAGGAACGGUGUCUGGCGUGGUGUCGCCGCAGGUGGUUGAAGUGGGCGGCGUGCCUUGGCACAUCAGAGACCUCCGCCACUGCGGUGACACCGGGGGACCAGCAGCAGGCCCUCGGACCCCCGACCGGGGCAGCGGGGGCCCACAGGAAGCGGAGGAGGACCGUGCCGGGUCCCCGAUCGUCAUGACAUUCGGUUAUGAGGGCGAUGGCGCGCCGGGGCGCCCGGUGGAGGAGGCUGAUGAUGCGGGUGGUGAAUGCGGCCGGUCUGAGAGCGACAGCGGCGAAAGGGUGGUGCGCCGAGGUCAGCGUAAUCGGCGGCCGCCUGACUUCUUCGGCCACGUGGUGCCGAUUGAUGCGUUAAACAGCAGCAGCGGAAGUGAUGAUCUUGAGGAUCAGGGUGAGGUGUAGUCUGUGUCUUAGUCAUUGCGUGGUUCGAGCGAUGAUGGUGCGCGUCGUAUUGCGAGCCAGGGUCUUAUGGCGACGGUGAGUCGGCGGAGGGAGAAAUUGAUCAGCCUUUGUCUAGGGUUCAGAAUGACGUGAUAUGACGUGAUAUGACGUGUACAGAGGUAUGAUCUAGGCUAAUGUGGUGAAGCCGGGCAGUGCGCUCCGGGACACGAGCGGGUACGGGUGUGAAUAGAGGCAUCUGAGUGUA